CCGACCAUCGACCUCUCCUUGCUGAUCCGUCUUCACCAUGGCUGCUGUCAACCUAUCAAACUCGCCCAUUACUCAGGUCUCACAGACCCCUGUCCAGACGAACCUGCAGCCCCAGCUCCUCACUAGGCUGCUACUCGAUUUGCGCGGCAGGAGAUUCACGGUCGAACGCGAGAACAUCCUCAGCCUUCCCGAAUCCGUUCUCCUCUGUUUGUUUCCCAACGGACUCGUCCUCAGCCGCCAAAGUGCCGCCUUAUCGGAUGGAGGAGAUAACGAUGAUUAUGAGGAGCUCUAUGGUGUUGACUUCGACCCAGACUGCUUCGACUAUGUGUUGAACUUCUUCCAGCAUGCUCGUGACGAGUUCUACGGAACCCCCAAUAAUCCCGGAGGCCUCCUGGCAGCACAGCAGCAACUCCUCGAGGGUGGCUCGCCCACGUCGGACUUUGGUCCAUCCCCAUCCCAGAACCCACUCCUCACGAAGCAAGCAAUCAUCGUUCUCCGUGAAGAGCUUGAGUACUUCUCUAUCCCGCCGAAAGAUGGUCAGGAAGCUACGGAUUCGCGAGGCAUCGCGAACGACGCGCUGCUCGACCUGAAGAGGAAUUCGGGCAAGUACCUUCUUCACAAACGGAACAUCUUCACCGCGCUCCAGCGCAACGUCAACAAGGAGAAUAACCUCGCGGAGCAGCACCUGAUUGACAUGCUUUGCAUGAGCGGCUUCGAUCGCGAGGAUGAAUGGGGGUACCGCGCAAUGGAGCCAUCCAGAUGCUGUAUCUCCUCCAUUGCCCUUGUCCUACUCAAGACAGGCAUCAUACACUCGACGAGUCCUUCGGGCGAGCGACAAGUCACUGUCGACUAUAAUCAGAUGGCCACUGCGCAGAAGCUGCUUCUGUUCUGGAGGAAACCAGCGCGCAAGUGCUGGUGGGAUGGUAUAGAGGUUGACGUCGCCGAGCCUGGGGAACCCUCUAAGCUCAUCAAGCUCUGGGCGCGCAGAGUCUGGACACUGGAACUCAGCUUAGUAUGAUACGGACAUGGGCGUUCUACUUUUCCUGUAUUGCAGGACCCGCGUUGGAUACCCCAAUUACUCUGGAUGUACGAUACCACGGCGCUUUUCAAUGCUGCUUUCGCUCUUCGCAUCCGCUAUUGUGCUGCAAAUCAUUCUCCGUCUAUGUCAUGGCGGCUGCUCUACUACGUAUCCUAUCCUUCGCGUAGUGUUGUAGCACGUCUCCUGCCCCCAUUAUUGGGCCAUUUCCUGCACCUCCACGCAGGACGAACUGGCAUCGCCAGGCU